GUCACGUGACGCAAACAUUUGAGCAUGAUGGCGGCGCCUAUAGAGAGUCUGCUAAAUGAAAUCUGUGAGUCCGAGGAUCCGAUCGAGGAGCUCAAGAGCCUCCGGACGGCCGUUUUAGCGACGCCCGUGAGCGGCUUGAGGCAGGCGGUGUCUGGAGCCCGACUGGAGAUCAUAUUCGGCCUUUUAAACACAAAUGACAAAGAGCAGAUCGAGGUGUGUGUGGAAAUCCUGAGUCGAGUCCUGCAGGCUUUAGAACCCAUCCAGCUGGCUCAGAACUACAAGACGGCGCUGCAGAGCGGACUGAAUCAUCCCAACGACUCGGUCAGAUUGCUCACGCUCACACAGAUGGGCCGUGUGGCCGGUCACGCUGAUGGAGUGACCCAGAUGCUGAACAGCUCAGAGAUCCUGCGUGAUGUGAUUCAGUGCAUCAGCGUCGAGCGUAUCGCUGUGGCCAAAGAGGCGAUAGCUGCCCUUAGUAAACUCAGCAACACGAAGGCGGGGCUUGACGCUCUGUUCCGCUCUGAUUUGCUAAACAAGCUGAAGGACGUGAUGCUCACCAAUGACAUCAUCAGAUACAGAGUUUAUGAGCUGAUAGUGGGGGUGUCCACAGUGUCUCCAGUGUGUCUGGGUUACUGCGCCAACAGCGGUUUAAUCUCACAGAUGCUGGAGGAACUGACCGGAGACGAUGUGUUGGUCAGAGCAACAGCUAUAGAGAUGGUGACCAGCCUGGCUCAGAGCCAACAUGGCCGUCAGUAUCUGGCGCAGCAAGGCAUCAUAGAUAAAAUCUCCAACAUGAUCAUCGCUGCAGAAUCCGACCCCUUCUCAAGCCUUUACCUGCCAGGACUGGUGAAGUUCUUUGGCAGUCUGGCGAUCAUGGACAGUCCUCAGCAGGUUUGUGAGAAGUACCCAGUGUUCCUUGAGGUGGUCUUCUCCAUGGCCAUAAACCUUGACCCCACACUGACUCCUGUUGCCCUGGAUACUCUCGGAGUGCUCGGCCGUACAGUGGAGGGAAAACAAGUUCUGCAGAAAACAGGAGAGAAGUUCACGUCUGUGCUGAAGAGAAUGAGUAAAGUGGCCGCUGACGGAGCCACUGAACUCCGGGUCAGAUGUUUGGAGGCUCUGGCUCAGCUGCUCACGUUACCUGUGGAGCAGCAGACGGAUGACCUGCUACUGUUGACCGAGUCGUGGUUUAACUGUCUGAGCUCUCAGCCCAUGCUGAUGAUCCAAAACAUAAGCACACAGCCCUUCCCAGAGCUCCACUGCAGCGCGCUACGAAUCUUCACUGUAAGAGAGUGUGUGUGUGUGUGUGUGUUUGACUUCAUGCAGUGCUGUUCAGUCCGGUUACAAAUUUUGUCUUGAAAUGUCACCAACAUA